AUGACUGAUAAUAGGUCUCUUAAUUCUUACAGAGUACCAUCCUUAGAUGGCAUUCCAACGGGUCUUAAAAUGCCAGCAAUCACUGCAGAGAACUUCGAAAUCAAACACGCAUUGCUCAGUAUGGUCCAACAAAAUCAAUUUAGUGGCCAUCCUACUGACGAGCCGAUUAAUCAUUUGCAGCGAUUUCAACAAUUAUGCUCCGCUGUUCAUCACAAAGGAGUCACUCAAGAUCAAUUGAAGAUUCGACAUCAAAUAUCAACAUUUUCUCAAGUGGCCGGGGAAUCUCUUAGGGAAGCAUGGGAUAGAUUCUUAGAUCUUCAACGAUCAUACCCGCAUCACAAUUUUGAGAAGUGGAAUCUUGUUCGUAUUUUCUAUAACGGACUAGAACCCGAGACUAAAUGUAUUGUUGAUUCUGCCGCAGGUGGUGUUUUCCUUGACAAGACAAUCAAGGAAGGGUAUGAUUUUCUUGCAAAUCUUGCAACCAAUCAUUUCUCUUCUCCAAGAACGCGAGCAAAGAAAAGGAAGAUAGAAGUUGAAGCCUAUUCAAUCUUGACUUCUCAGUUGGCUCAACUAACUGCAAAAAUUGAUGCAUUGCAGGCCACUCAGGACUCCUCUCUUGUAUUUGUUAAUGCUAUGUCUUCUCAACCUCUGCAAACUAAUUUUUUUUGUGAAUUGUGUGGUAUACAGGGUCACUUUGGAUAUCAAUGUGCUCAGAAUUCUCAAGAUACCAAUCAGAUGGAGCAGGUGAAUGCCUUUCAACAAAGGCAACCAAAUGACCCAUAUUCUAACACAUUCAAUCCAGGUUGGAGGAAUCAUCCCUACCUUUCAUACAAAAGCAAUAAUGUUCAAAAUCCUCAACCUCAGCAACAGUGGUCACAGCCUCAGAACCCUCAACCUCAGCAAUAUGUUGCAAGGCCUCCACAACAUCAACAAGGGGCCUCUCAUCAUCCUCCCCCGGGUUUCAAUAGGCCACCUCAACAACAACAACCUUCUCAUGGCACUCAGGAGCCGACUAUGUUUGACCUCAUGAGAAUGAUGACAUCCAUGAAGCAAAACACUGAAGAUAGCAUCAAGGAGUUGAAAAAUACGACAAAGCAUUUGGAGAACCAAAUCGCGCAAGUAGCAGGUACCAAUAUCCAAAGGCAACCUGGCCACUUACCAGGACAGCCUAUCCCUAAGGAGACCGCCAAUGCUAUCACUACUCGUAGUGGUGUUAGCUAUGAAGGGCCCCAAAUGCCUAUUGAUGAUGAAAAUCUUGAGAAGGAUAAGAGUAAGGUUGUGGAGAAGACCUUGGAUGAUGUUCCCACCUCAAAAGAUGGGAAAGCUAAAGCAAGUGAUGCUGAGAAAGAGAAAAAGAAAGGUUCUGAGCCUCCACCUGUCGAGCCAAAGCUACCAUACCCACAUCGGAUGCAAAAGAACAAGGUAGUUCAAGAAUUUGGUAAGUUCUUGAGUAUGGUCAAGAACCUUGAGGUAACUGUUCCUUUUACUGAUUUGGUCUCUCAAGUUCCAAUGUAUGCAAAGUUUUUAAAGGAAAUGAUUACUAAGAAGAAAGACUUUGGUGGUGUAGAAACAGUCGCUCUAACUGCAGAGUGUAGUGCUAUAUUGCAAAAUAAAUCCCCACCUAAGCUUAAGGACCCUGGUAGUUUUUCCAUCCCAUGUCAUGUUGAAAAUGGGAGCUUUAAAUGCACACAAAUCACUUUGCAAAUGGCUGAUCGUUCUAUAAAAUACCCUUUAGGUGUUUUGGAGGAUGUCCCCAUUCGGGUUGGGAAAUUUUUCAUUCCUGUUGACUUUGUAGUUUUGGAUAUGGAGGAGGAUAGUAAUAUCCCGAUCAUUUUAGGUAGACCUUUCUUGUGUACUGCAGGUGCUGUUAUUGAUGUCAAGUCUGGGUCCCUUACUUUGUCUGUUGGUGAUGAUAUAGUGACUUUCAAUCUAACCAAUGCGAUGAAGUCGCCUAUGAUUGAGAAUACUUGUUGCAGGAUUGAUGUGCUUGAUGAGAUUGUGAGAUAUGAUACGCCUCGUGAGUUAGCUAAUGAUCCAUUAGAAGUUGUUCUCACCCUGGAGAUCUCUGAAGGAGAAGGAGAUGCAGAGAUUGACUCCUUGAUUCGUGACUUGGAUGCCCCUAACAUUGAGGGGUUCGAGGUAAUGGAAACUAUUUGUUCUACUUCUGAGUCACAAGUAAAAAAGGUAGAGUUAAAACCUUUUCCUUCUCAUCUAAAAUAUGUAUUUCUUGAUGAUAAUGAGGAAUGCCCUGUAAUUGUUAGUGAUAAACUUGAUAAUACCCAAGUUUCUAAGCUUUUGACUGUGCUUCGCAUGCAUAAAAAGGAAAUCGGGUAUAGCAUUGACGAUCUUACAGGGAUAAGUCCUAAUUUUUGUAUGCAUAGAAUUAAUUUGGAAGAGAAUCAUCGCCCUUGCAUCUAA